AUGGAGGAUGAUGCAGAGACUAAGGUCCUGGGGUACGAAAACCGGAGACUAGUAAUAAGUGAAACUGAUGGCGAGAUCCUGACACCAGGGUGGGAGAAGCAGGACCAGACGGGAGUUGAGAAUAGAGCCAAAAUUCAGGAACUUGGGAAGAGAAACCCAAGGGAAGCUGGAAGUAAGAAUCCUCCGGAAACCCAGGCACAUAUGGGAGAGAACCAAGAACACUUAAGAUGUAAAACUGAUGCAGAGACCCAAACACCAGAGUGGGGGAACCAGGGUAAGAAUGGAUGUGAGGGUGCUGUGGAGAGGAAAAACAAGAAACAGGCCGGAGGGGAGGAUGAAGGAGAGAUCCAGGCCCAAGGAUUGGGGAAGCAGCACCAGACUGGAGGUGAUAAUGGUGGGGAGAUCCAGAUGCCAGAGUGGGGGAGACAAGACCAGACUGGAGGUGAUACCGGUGCAGCAAUUCAGACAGAAGAGGGAAGAAACAAGGACCAGGUUGGAGGUGAGGAUGUUGUGCAAACACCAUCAUUCAGGAAGGAAAACCUGGGAGAAGUGAAAAAAGAGGAUGGUGUAGAGACCCAGGCCCUGGAGUGGGGGAAACAGGAAUACAUUGGAAGUGAGGAGGUUACAGAGAUCCAGACCCCAGGGUGGGAGAAGCAGGAUCAGGGUGGAAGUGAGAAGGCCUGGAAGACCCAAACAUCUAGGGGAGAGAACCAGAAACUAUUAAAACAUGAAAUUCAAUUGGGGUGGGAAAACCAAGGCCUAGGAAGAGACAAGAAUGCUGAGGAAACCCAGAUAAUGAUCAGGAAGAAACUCAAGGAGAUAAGAGAGGAGGAUUGGGUGGUGAUCCAGGCACCAUGCUGGGGACUCCAGACACUGGUGGCAAGUGAAAUUGACAGACAAUUCAAAAUACCAUGUUGGGGGAAUCAGAACCAGAUUGAAGGAGAGCAUAGAGCAGAAAUUCAGGCACCAGAGAAGACAGACCAGAGAAAGGAUGGAGAUGAGGAUGGUACAAAUACUCUGGCACCAGAGGCCAAGAACCAGGAACAAUUAAGAGGCGAAACCAAUACAGAGAUCCAUCCAGCAGGGAGGAUGAAUCAGGAGCAGUUUGGAGAUGACAGUGGUAUAGACAUUCAGGCACUAGGGCCGAGAAACCUAAUAGGGGUUAAAGGUGUGGAUGAUAAAGAGACCCAGGAACUUGGGGAAGAAAAUCAGGGUCAGUUAGGAAAUGAAUUUAAUGGAAAGGUUCACAUACCAAAAUGGAAGAAUCAGGAAUAUUUUAAAGGUGAGGAUGGAGCAAAUACCCAGACAUCUGAAGCAGAGAACUGGGGCAAAUUAACAAGUAAAAUUGAUGGAGAAACCCAUUCAGCAGGAUGGAAGAAAGAGGAGCAGACUGGAGGUGAGAAUGGUGCAGAAAUUCAAAUACAAGGGAAGAUAAACCUGAGUGAAGUUAGAGGUAAGGAUGGUGCAGAGAUCUGGGCACCUGGGAAAGAAAACCUUGAUAGAAAGAGCGUUUUAUCAGAGUGGAAGUACCAGGAGCAGAUGGGAGGUGAGACUGGAACAGAAACUCAGGCCCCAGGGAAGAGGAACCAGAGAGAACCUGGAGGUGAGCGUGAUGUAAAAACCCAGAGCCCAGAGGGCGAGAGCCAGGGACAGUUGGGUAGUGAAACUGGAGGGAACCAUUCACCAGGGAAGAGGAACUGGGAGCAGACUGGAGGGAAGAACGUUGCAGAAAAUCCGGCAUCAGAGAAAAGAAACCAGAGAGAGGUUGGAAGUGGGGAUGGUAGAAAGAUCCAGAGACUUAGGGAAAAGAACCAGAGACUGUUAAAAAGUAAAGUUAAUGAAAAUACCUGUUCAUUAGAGUGGAAGAACCAGGAACAGAUUGGAGGUGGGAAUGAUGAAGAAAGUCAAAUACAAGGGAAGAGAAACCUGAGAGGGACCACAGGUGAUGAGGGUACAGAGACCCUGGCUCCUGGGAGAGAGGACCAGGGACAGUUAAAUGAAAUUGAUGGAGAGAUCCAGACACAAGGGCAAGGAAACCAGAAAGAGGGUGGAGAUGAGGAUGCUGCAGAACUCCAGGAUGUAGGGUGCCAGAGAAAAUGCAGAGCUGAGGAUGAGCCUCGAUCACCAAGGGGAGGAAGCAAGGAUCAGGCGAGAGGAAAGGAUAUUGCCAGGGCCAGUCUCCGGGUCGACUGUUCUGGGAGUGAGGGGCCCACAGGCAGGAAGCACAGCCCAGCACGUCCUCCAGCCUUCACUGGUUCUGCAAAUGGGGCCACGGAACUGGAACAGACAGUGGCUGUGAACAGUUUAGCUCCUGCUCCCUGUCCUGAGAUGAAGACUCUGGCCAGUCAGGGCACAGCCCCUGCCAGGCAGCACAGAGUGGGGGUCAGUCCAGCCUCCCAGCAGGGGAUUCAGGCCCAACCUGAAUCCCAGAGAAGACAGAGGGACAAAAGGGUGGAUGCAGAGAAGGCUUCCAGCCCCACUGGGCAGCCCUGGAGCCAUGUGCCCUCUGCCUGCCCCCCUCUUCUGUGUGGCCAAGCCCCUGAAGCUGCCACAGCUCUGGUGGGUGCUUUCACUGCUUUCACUGUCCCAUCCAAGUGGCCAGUCCUCAAGAAGAGCAAGCACCUGCUCCUAGAGUCCCUCAUGAAAAGGAGGAUUGCACACCUGAAGUGGGGCCUUCCCCGGCGGAUCCUGGAGUCCUAUUUUUUGUUUAACUUCUUAGGAUCGUGUUCAUUGCCCCUUGCUGGGGUGAGGUUCCCUGAAUUAUACACAGGCCAGGAGCCCCAAGGGCAGGAGGAAAGGCAUUGUGGGGCCCAGGGCUCCAUGCCAAGCCCUAAGUCCCCAGAGAAAUUCCAGAGGAUUCAGCCCCCGGGCAGAAAAAGCUCAACACUUCCUACGCAGGCCAGAGCUCUGGAGAAAUAUAGACCAGACAGGUCAGAGCCCAGAUAUUUCCACCCAGCCCGAAAAGCCCAGGAGAGUCAUGCCACCAGGGGGCGCCAGAGACCCACAGGAGAUCCAGGAAGCUGCUCCUAG